GACCAAACAGCUCAACUAGCUGAGACCGCGGAACUUCAAUCCUCCGUAGAACGCCUACGCGAAGAGAAUGCUUCGCUGAAGCAGAAAGUGGGCGAGAUGAGUGGGCUGGAGGCGCGGGCGAAGAAGGCGGAGAGCAAGGUCGAGACACUGGAGGCUAAGAUGGAGGACAUGAUACAGGAGAAAGUCGCCCAGAAGGAGAAUGAGCUCAACGCCACGUACGACGAGAAGAUGAGGAAUUACGAGGAGCGCGAACAAGACCUCCAACGCCAACUCUCCGUCUCCCGCACCCAACUGCGCGAACUGCGCAGUUCAGUCGAGACUAGCCAGGCCAAACUGCUCGACCAGUCGCAGAGACAAGGUACGUACUCUCAGGGGAGCCAUACUGCGAACCGCCGCAAGGCUAAUGAUGAUGAUAAAUAG